UGAAUCCGCAACAAACAUGACAAAAUACAUUUUGUUUUAGCCGGGUAGGAGUUGUCCCGGGUUGAAGUGUCCCGGGAACGAGAUGUUCGGAUACAAGUUGACUCGGGAAGUAAUAUUUAAAGGAACACCAUAAAUUUCCCGGAAGUAAACAACUCAUCUCUUGUCUCCACGUGUGCGAAACCAGCAUUAACCAGUGACCUGGAGAAAUUUUCAGUCGAGAAGAUGAAGAAGUGCAAAGUUCGGCAAUGCGAUUUUUGAGUUUGAAUGUCCUUCGUCGAUGGAUGUCAAAAAUGUCGAAGAGAAGACAGACGGAAGAUCUGGGAAAAGAAGUAAAGAAGAAGAAACUGCUGUCUGAGGUUGCCCGAGGGAGACUACAGUUCUUGAUGCCCGAUCAUCCUGACUUCAAGUCACUGAUGAGAAAAAGUUACUUCAACUUUGCACAUGAGCCAAGCACCGGUAUUCCAGUAUCCUUACAUGAAGAACUGACAUGGGCAUUGGACAUACUUCGUUACCAUGGUUACUUCUACCGGGACUGGGUGAAAGUCAAAGGUCAGACUGUUCAGACGCCCAUCUCACGUACUCUGAUUGGUGAGCCAGGGACAACGUACAAGUACCUGGGCUUGCGCCUGUUUACAAUCCCAUGGUCCUUUGGGCACCAUAAGCCUGAAAGUGAGGUUGAACUUGCAAGUGAGACUAUUGGAAAGCUCAACGAGCAUUACAAGGCUGUCUCCAGGAGAUUACUGCGCAAGAAAACAGCAGAACAGACUCAUUUGAAGAGUUCUCCCUCACAAGAAGUUGCACCCUGCUCCUCAAAGGACAGGCCACGAGAGAGGAUCUGUGUUGAAGAACCAAAGCAAAUGACCCAUGGGCUGUCCAUCGAAGAAGGAACCAAUUUCAAUGUGGUGCUCAUCAAUUACAUGGACCCAGAGGACCCAGAUUUGAGGCUGAAGCCGGAGCCUUAUUAUGGGAUGGGACCCCUGGCUGUCAGCUGGCACAUGGAUGGUAACCUCGUUCGGGGCUCCACAGUGGCAGUGUACAACCACACAUGCUCAUCAGAUGGAGGAGAUUCGACCACAGACUCCGAUUGGAUGGUUGGCUUCAAGGUAUCAUGGGACAUUGAGACUCCAGGUGUCGCCAUUCCCCUACAAACUGGGGAGUCCUACUUCAUGUUGGGAGAUCUGAAUGACACACACCAGCACUGUGUGGUGGCUGGCAGCCAGGCUAGGUUCAGCACAACUCACAGGGUUGCUGAUUGCCAGCAGGGGACUCUCUCAUACAUCCAGCAGCGAUGCCUGGAGGCUCUAGGUAACCUAAGUCAGUUGGAGAAUGGCGAAUAUGAAUUGAAAUCAUUUCAAGCUGGUCAUCUUGAUUUCACUGAAACUGUUCACAAUGAGGUGGAGUUUGAAUGGCUGCGUCAGUUCUGGAUGCAAGGAUCAAGGCACGCUGCAGAGAGGGGGGGCUGGGUACCAGCUAUGGAGUGCCUGGAGGCAGACUGGAAUAAGAUGGAACAUAUGACAAAACUUGCAGUUGAAGAAGCAAAUCGUCUUGGCCCUGAGGAAGGCUCCGUGAUUGCUGAGGCCCUCCUCCCACAUUUGAAGGAAAGACGGAAGUUGCGACAGGAGUGUCUCGACAAGUUUCCACGUAGGCUCUUAGAGACCAUUCAUCGUGACUUCCUACCCAUCCACAGGCCAAAGUGGGACAAUGAUGACCCCUCUCAACCUUUGCCCUUUGACCUCAAAGGCAUCAUCCGGAAGAUGAGACUGUUGUGCAAUGGAAAGCGAAUCAAGUCUCCCAGUGACUCUGAAAGCUCCGACACUGGUUUACAUAGCUGACAACUUGUUUUCUGUCAGUCCGCCUGAUCCGACUGACCACCGCUAUUCCCAAGCGAGGCUUUUACAGAGAAUAGACCCUGUUCGGCACACAGCUGGAAUAUAUUAUGGUAUUACCUAAGUUACUUUCCAGCCUCAUUGACGUUAUGUGGAGUUAUGGACAGGGCGUAGUGAAGGCCUUUUCUCUGGGGAGGGGUGUGCUAGAGUCAAUUUGCUGACUUGUAACUUGUUUGCUAACCUCGUGUUGUGUGAAAUUUACAAAGUGCAGAAAAUGGAAAUCUGUGUACGCUAUAUUUUAUGCUUCAGGGGAAGUGCCAACGGCCAUUCGUGUAUCGUUAAUGUACCAAUUUUGGAUACAUUUACGGACCAAAGUUCUGUUUGCCUCCGGGAAUUAAUUAUUGGGAAGUGUUGUAACCCUCCACACCACCUCGGUUGCUAUGCCCAAUGGUCGUGGACACAAAAGAAGAAAAAAAAGAAGAUCGGUCGAGCUGGCUUGCGCAGCAUAGUGAGCAAGGUAAAAGACAGGUAUUGUGGGUGUUCUUGGUUUGAAUUCCAGUGGUCAUUUUUGUUUCUGUAUUUUUGUUUUUGUUUUUUCGAGUUUUUUUCCUGUUGGAAGAGAUCAAUUUUUGAAAUUUUACUGCCCAAAAUUUUACCACCCCAAAAUUUUACCACCCAAAUUGGUAGCCCUGAAGUAUGUUUUCUCUCAGGGCCAAAGCUCACUUCAGUGCGUUCUCAAUCAGGUCAUACCAUUUUGGCUGUUCCAAACAUGGACUGUCUUCUGUAGAAGCCUGGUACAUGUAUGUUAACAGCAGUGGGUAGUCGGUGUUGUAGUCAAGACUGCCUGAGACCAGACACAAGACCAGUCAUAAGCAACAGUGUGAAAAGUACCAGUAGCACGCUUGUGUUGCAGUUCAUUUGAAUAGCUUGUGACUUAAAUUCAGACUGGAGGUCUUGUGUUGGACUUUUGUCAGUCUCAAAGCCAGUGACUCUCCUGCCCAUACACACGCAAAAACUGCCUGAAGAUUCAACCAUGAUUCAACCCAGAUUUUCUUGAUAAAAAUCGUUUAAUCACACAUUGAUUUUGCGCAUGUAUUAUGAUGUAAUUGUGCUUGCUCCCCAGUUUCAAAGUAACCUUUAAAUACAUUCCCAAAACGUGUUAACUUCAACUGGUGAAUUGAGCAAAUGCGUUUUUUAUGCAUUUCCAUUGCCCUGAAAAUAAAGUGUCAAACAUAUUAUGUCUUUACAUGAUUUGUACAUCAUUACAGAUUAACCUGAAAUAAUGCAGUUUCUGCAUAUACAUAUGUGUGCAAAAGGUGUUGGUACAACAAAAGCUUUUUAUUCCGACACAAUUGAUAAGUACAUGCUAUCUGUGGUUGCUAAACAACAUCUAUAAAUUAAAAAUUUUGUAUUUAACUUUGACCCAUCAUGGAGCAGAGUCCAUCCGUAGCAGUAGCUUCUCUAUCAUUCACGAGUGGAAAUUUGCCACGUGUUGAUCAGCCAUUGUAUGUUAUUGUCAAAGACUUAAGGAUCCAGGAUUUGUAGAUAAGAAAUCUUGCAGCUAUCCGAUGAUGACUACUAAUACGCUGUCAACUGGCAUCGCCAACUUAAUUCCAUCAUUAGCCUCAUACACAGUAAAUAAAUGAAUUGUGAUUGCUGUGUUUAAUUUUGCUUUGACGCUUGGGCUAAAUAAACAAAUGGUGUCAGUUAA